AUGUACAAUCGUUCACUUCCUCAAUUACUUUUUUACUUAGAUAUAAUACCCAUUCCUAAAGAUAUAAAUGUAUUAUUAAUAAGAUCUGUAAAUCUUUUAGGAGAAAUCAUGCGGUACUUUUACAUCGUAGGAAAAGAUUUUGAGCGAAUAGAUAUUAAUCCGCGAAAAUGUAUUUUAAAAAAUAAUUUUAAGAUAAAUACAAUAAAAAUAUUAAACGAAGAAAUUCAUAUUUUAGUUAUUUUACAGGCAAUUAAACUUAUAAUUACUUUCUGCUGUGAUAUAAAUGAAAAUAUGAAUAAUCAUUUUAUUCGUACGCAUGAUAGGAUUUUAAAAGAUGUACAGCAGAAUUUAAGAAAAUCUGAUAGUUAUAUAAAGUAUUUACAGGAGAACAACAAGUUCCUAGAAAGGAUAAUACCACAACAAAAUCGUUGUUUGAUUUUAAAAUACUUAUAUUGA